AUGGCCGACACCAACGUAGCCAAGACGGAAAACUCCACCCAGUCCCUAAAAGAUAUUGCCCAUUUACAGUCCUCGACGGAAAUAAGCAAUGACAGAACAUAUGUGCAGGCCGGGGAGUUGGGCUUUGAGGAAUCUACUAGUGGUGGAUUGGGUCGCCAUCUGGGUACAUUUUCAACUAUCUUCUUGAUCGUGGGUCGCAUUAUCGGAACCGGUAUCUUCUCCACGCCGUCUUCUGUGAUCAGCAGCGUGGGUAGCGUCGGCGCCGCGAUGCUGCUAUGGCUCCUGGGCCUGGCUUUGGCUGGGUCUGGCUUGAGUGUGUGGCUUGAGCUUGGGUGUAUGAUCCCCCGUAGCGGAGGCGAAAAGGUCUAUCUCGAGGCGGCAUACAGACGGCCGAAAUUACUAAUCACCGUGGUGUUUGCGGUCCAGGCCAUCGCGCUAGGAUUUACGGCCUCCGGAUGCAUUGUCUUUGCGUCAUAUGUAUGGGCGGCUGCAGGGAGAAAGGCUUCCGAAUGGGAGGAACGAGGAGUUGCCAUAGCGGUAAUUGUGUUUAUCACGCUGCUUCACACACUUCUACCCAAAUGGGGUGUUCGCGGGAUGAAUGUCAUCGGGGUCUACAAGAUCAUUCUCCUGCUAUUCGUUGUUGUGACGGGCUGGGUGGUCCUCAGCGGUAAGGUCGCAAAUAUCCCAGACCCCUACAGGAGCUUUCACCAUUCAUUCGAGGGAUCGGCCACGUCGAGUAAUUUAUAUGCGAUUGCACUGUUCAAAGUGAUGAAUUCCUACGCUGGCUGGAGCAACGCCGCAUACGUGCUAAAUGAAAUUCGAAACCCGGUCCGCACCUUGAAGAUUGCAGCUCCCAUCGGACUCUCAAUUUGCGGUGUUCUAUACAUGCUAGCCAAUGUUGCGUAUUAUGCCGCCGCAACCCCUGAAGAGGUCGCCGCCAGCGGUACCACCGUCGCAUCUUUCUUUUUCGGAAAAGUCUUCGGAUCGGCCGGAAAACGCGCGUUGAGUGCACUGAUUGCCAUUUCCGCCUUUGGAAACGUUCUGACUGUCACUUUCGCACAAGCCCGAGUGAACCAGGAGUUGGCCAAGGAAGGGGUGAUUCCAUUUCCAAAGUUUUGGGCCUCUAGCUGGCCCUUUGGAUCUCCGUCAUCAGGCCUUUUACUGCACUUUAUCCCAUCUUUUAUUGUUAUCGUUGCAAUUCCUUUCGGCGACGCAUACAACUUUAUUUUGGAUCUAGAGGGCUACCCCGGCAGCGUGAUUAAUUUCUUAGUGGUACUAGGGUUAUUCUACCUACGAUGGAAAGCGCCGCAGGUGCAGCGCCCGUUCCGUGUCUGGUGGCCAGUUGCAUUCUUCUUCUUGGUUGGCCAGUCGUUCCAGCUUGUGGCGCCCUUUAUUCGACCGCCAGGUGGGAAGGGCGAUACAUCGCUUCCGUACUGGCUCUCGUCUGUGGUGGGCAUUGUUAUUCUUGUCACAGCGGUGGUAUACUGGGCGGUAUGGUGGAAACUCUUGCCUACUAUAGGGCGAUAUCGCCUUGUUCCACAGCACGAAUUUCUUGCGGAUGGAACCGCAGUCGUGAUUUAUAAGAAGGUCAAAUAG